CUGAUUGCUAUCAGACUGUAAGAAUCAACUCCUUUAUUACUCUUGCUUCUUUUGAUGAUAGACGUCUCUUUGUGAAUAGUAUACCAUGUUGUUGCUAGCGGAGCUUCUUUGGAUAACCAAAAUAGGGAUCGCCCCGCUAAACAGCGUCCAAGUUGUAAAAGAUCGCAAUGGCCAAAGGCAAAAAGCAUGCAAAAAAAGAUCAUGGUAAAGACCGAUCGCUUACAAGAUUUAGCUUAUAUGUCGCUUUUACACUAUUCACCCGAACGGACACUCAAACAUAGGCAAAGGGAGACGGCGUGGCGGACACAAGUCCUUGAAAAUGCCAGACACAGGCGAUUUGGAAUCACAGCUGCGCGAUCUAGGUUUAUGCACCAAAGACAUGACAGGCGAUGGCAACUGUCUCUUCCGUGCCUUAUCCGACCAAUACCAUGGUUACGAUACAGAAUACCCUACGUUCCGACGCGAUGUAUGCGGGUUUUUGCGAGAACAUGAAGACGAAUACAAGUUCUUCGUAGAGAAUGACCAAUCGUUUGAUCAUCAUCUCGAGUGUAUGGAAGAGGAUGGCACGUAUGGCGGCAAUAUGGAAUUGGCUGCAUUUGCACGAAUGCGUCAAGUCGAUAUUAAAGUCUAUCAGCCUGGAUUGAUCUAUGUGAUUCGUGGAGUAGACGAAAAUGAAGAAGCAGAAACCAUAUUGCAUAUUGCAUAUCAUAGCUGGGAACACUAUUCUUCGGUGCGCAAUUUAGAUGGGCCGUUCACUGGGCCGCCAGAUGUCAGGGUUGCCCAGCAAGAAUGCCAAGCAGACAAGCAACAAGAUGAGGCAGUUGAAACUGAUCCAUUAGACUCAAAAGAAAAGGUGGUGCUAGCCGCAUGUCCUGACACUGACCUACGGAAAAUUCGUCGGUUAUUACGGAAACACAAAGGGGAUCCAGACAAAGACAACCAUCUACCAAAAAAGACGACUUUUGCAUAGAACGACUACAACAAGAGGCGUUAGAGGAGCAAAACAAAGAAGAGGAAGAAGAAGCAGAAAGAAAAGACAACGGAUCAGCAUUGGUCGACAACCCAUCGUCUAGUGAUGAAGCCAAACCUAACAACAGCGUCAUAAACGACAUGGAAGCAGCAACAGCAGUAGUAGCAACAGAAGUAGAAGAGGAGGAAGGGGGAAAUGACGAAAAGAAAAAAGAACGAGAGCAACAAGAAAAGCCAAAGGGGCCAGCAUCCAAGAAAAAAGCAAAAAAGUUGACAGAACGUCAAAAGAAACAGAUGCAAAAGGAAAAACGGAGGGCCAAAUGGCUCGAGGACAACAAGAAGCAAGGUGCUAGAAAGGAUGGCGAGUCAUCUACACUCACAAAUGCCAUGAAAGAAAUGUACAUAUAGUAUUCUUAUACACAACACAUCCACCCCCCCCACCCCGCAAAUGCAUGAAUAUAUCACCUAUUUAGACGCUCUAUAAUCCAAAGUCCG